UCCAACUUACCAAACCACUUGGGUCGUUUCUUCUCCAAUUCUCCUGGUCCACUCUCCGUACACCUUACGGAGCGGCAGGGGAGAUCCCACCUCUAGCCUAACAGUAGGGGAGAGAGAGAGAAGAAAAAGAAAAAAAAAAUAAGAAAAAAAGAAAAAUUAUUGAUUCUUACAACUCGAAACGUUUCUUCUAUUUCAGAAUUCAGCCUCAUCUCUCUCUCUCUCUCGCUUUUCUCUUUCUUUCUCUGCGUUUCUGACCCAAAAAGCAAAGAAUUUUCUUCUUCGUUUCGUUUUUCCUUGCUUUGGGUCUGAAUCGCUGUUUGUUGAUCGUGUUCGCGAGAUCUCUAAUGGCGAGAACCAGAUCAUCCUCCAGCAGAUUCAGGUACUGUAACCCAUCGUAUUACCUGAAGAGGCCCAAGCGCUUGGCCUUGCUUUUCAUUGCUUUCGUAUGCAUCAGUUUUGUCUUUUGGGAUCGUCAGACUCUUGUCAGGGAACAUGAGAUGGAAAUUUCUAAGUUAAAGGGGGAAUUGGCCGACUUGCACAAUUCGUUGGAAGAGUUAAAGAAUGUUGAAGGCAAGGUGGUCAAAAAGACACAGAAUGAUGUGCCAGCUGAUCCAAUUGCUAUUCAGCGAAGAGAAAAAGUAAAAGAAGCUAUGCUACAUGCAUGGAAUUCAUAUGAGAAGUAUGCAUGGGGCCAAGAUGAACUUCAGCCACAGUCUAAGAGUGGUGUCAAUAGCUUUGGUGGCCUUGGAGCAACACUAAUAGACUCUCUUGAUACAUUAUAUAUCAUGGGUCUUGAUGAACAAUUCCAGAAAGCAAGAGAGUGGAUUGCAAAUUCAUUGGACUUUAACAAGAAUUACGAGGCUAGUGUCUUUGAGACAACCAUAAGAGUUGUAGGUGGACUUCUCAGUGCAUAUGAUCUCUCACAGGAUAAGGUUUUCCUUGAUAAGGCUAGAGAUAUUGCAGACAGAUUGCUGCCAGCCUGGGAUACACCUACUGGAAUCCCUUACAAUGUUAUUAACUUGGCACAAGGAAGGCCACACAAUCCUGGGUGGACUGGGGGUGAAAGUAUCUUGGCAGAUUCAGCCACGGAGCAGCUGGAAUUCAUUGCUCUUUCUCAAAGGACCGGAGACCCAAAGUACCAACAAAAGGUUGAGAAUGUUAUAACACAACUCAAUAACAUAUUCCCUGAGGAUGGUUUGCUUCCUAUCUACAUUGACCCCCACAGAGGUUCAACGUCGUACUCCCCCAUAACCUUUGGUGCCAUGGGAGACAGCUUUUAUGAAUACUUGCUCAAAGUUUGGAUACAAGGGAAUAAAACUUCAGCUGUAAGGCGUUAUAGGGAAAUGUGGGAGAAAUCAAUGAAAGGUUUGCAGAGCUUAAUCCGGAGAACAACACCAUCAUCCUUUACAUAUAUUUGUGAGAAGAACGGGGAUUCUUUGACAGAUAAGAUGGAUGAGUUAGCAUGCUUUGCUCCUGGAAUGAUUGCUUUAGGAUCAUCUGGUUAUGGUCCUAAUGAAUCCCAAAAGUUUUUAUCACUUGCUGAAGAGCUUGCUUGGACGUGCUACAAUUUCUACCAGUCGACGCCAACAAAAUUGGCUGGAGAAAAUUAUUUCUUUCAUCCUGGGCAGGAUAUGAGUGUGGGUACAUCAUGGAACAUACUGAGACCAGAGACGCUUGAAUCACUCUUUUACCUAUGGCGCCUAACUGGAAACAAGACAUACCAAGAGUGGGGUUGGAAUAUAUUUCAAGCAUUUGAAAAGAACUCCCGCAUAGAGUCGGGAUAUGUCGGACUGAAAGACGUCAAUAGUGGUGUGAAGGACAAUAUGAUGCAGAGCUUCUUUCUUGCUGAGACCCUCAAGUACCUUUAUCUUCUUUUUUCACCUCCUUCACUCAUAUCAUUAGAUGAAUGGGUUUUCAACACAGAAGCCCACCCCAUAAGGAUCGUCCCCCGGCAUGAUGGAGUAGAUUUCGAGAACACAGGUGAGAAACAAAAACCAAAUCUUAAGUUACGUGGCAGGAAGGAAGGUCGGUCGCGAGAUUAGUAGCCAUUCGUUUUUGGUCCUUAUUGUUUUUGGUGAAUCCCUUCGAUUUCAGGCAUUAAGUAGACGAGGAACAAAAAUGAUUCAGUAUAUUAGCUCUUGAUGUUGAGCUCUUCUUUUAAGAAAUAAUGGGGCUCAACAAUUUUCCCCUGCUGGAAAGUUUGUAUUCUUAUAGUAAAGCUUGGCUGCCCCUCUUUUACGCUGAUGGAUAUGUAACGUAGUUAAUAGGUUAUUCUACAGUUAUUACCUCCCUUAGAAAGAGGAAUUUUAUUUUUCCCCUUUGGGAUGGAUGGUCCAUUUGUCAUUUUGGUCGAAACACUUAAUUCCCACUCUCCAAUUUUUGGAUUUUGAUUGAGAA